AUCGCAUGCAGCAUUCAGUGGAAGAGAUUUACUACUGAAACUAAUUCUUAACAAGAUGGUUGGAUUCCUUUGGUUGGCAUGUGUUGUGGCCAUGGCAACAGAGGCAGCCGCUCUCAAUUUUACUGAUGGCAUUGUUUCGCAUGCCUGCUUGGAAUGCAUUUGUAAGCGAGCGUCCGGGUGUCAGAACGAUCCGUGCAAAAUGGAUUUGGGGUCACUUUCGUGCGGCUAUUUCCAGAUAAAAGAAGCAUACUACCAGGACUGCCGUGAAUAUGCUCCCUUGACAAUAACAAAAUCCUGGGAGCAGUGUUCCGCGGACGUACAAUGCGCCUCACAAUGCGUCCAGAACUAUAUGGCUAGAUAUGUCAGCCACACCAACUGCUCUGACACAUGCGAGACCUACGCACGUGAACACAAUGGAGGGCCAAAAGGCUGCGCCCAAGCCAGUACCUUGGGUUACUGGCAUGAAGUCCAACAUGAAACGGGGUGCCAAAACGUCCCUUAGAAAAAUACAUAUACACAUUGAUAAUGGCUCUAUAACAAUUCCUUGUGCAAAACAAAAACAAUUAAGCUUUAUAAAUAGAACACGUUUAUUGCCUUAA